AUGCUUCUAAAAAGAGACUUUCAGAAAAACGAAGAUACAAUGGAGUACGUGCGUAAACUAUUCUCUCUCACUAAAGAACUCAGCAGAUCUCUUAGCCAACAGCUGGAACAUAGUACAGAGACCUUAAAAGAUACUUGCCAGAUAUUGAAUAUUCUUCAUGACAAACACAAACAAGUUUCAAGUCAAGAGAGAAUCACUCUUGUGGAUUAUCUUUUGAAAAUAAGGGAUCUUUUUCUGGAUACUUUCACAUACUUUCAUGAAAUGGAAAAGAAACUGUAUGACAUUAGUUGCAGAGAUAAUGAUAAAUCUCAGGCUCAAACUGUUCAAAAUAUUUCCAAGGAAAUAGAUGGAUGUAAUUUUGAAAGAGAAAAAACACAGCAUGAGAAAGGAUCUAGUGUCUGUCAGUCAGACCAGAUAACUUCAGAUAAGGAAAGGAAACAUCAGAACAAUCACCAAAUCCAGUUAAGUGAAAAUAAAGCAGUGCAAAUAGAAUCUGUUUUAUCAAGUGAAAAAAUAUCUGCUCAAGAAGAAACAGUAAACAUAAACCCCCCAAAGCUCAAUGAAAAUGCAGAACAUGAGGUAAUAAAGAAUUCGCUUACAGAGCAAGAUUACAAUGGAAAAGAGAAAGCUAAUGGACUGAGAUCUUUUAGUAAGAGAUGUCCUGAUGAAGGUUUUCAAGAAGUUCCUGGGAACAAUGGAGAAGACAACACAAUACCUCAAAAAUUCGAAGGUAUUUUUCAUGGACAUUCAAUGAUUUAUCCUAAACAAGAACAAGUAGUUAGCAAAGAAUCCUCAAAGCAGAUGGAAAGUGAAGAUCAGAACCCAACAGAGAAUUCAUCUGAAAAUCAAAAAUAUAGCAAAAAGGAGAAAAUUCAUAUUUUUGGAAGUUACCAAGUUCAUACAAAUGAGUGUGCAAAGUCAGAAAGUACAUGUGAUACCCCGUCUGUGAUUCUCUCUACAAGUGAUUCAGCAGAAGAGCAACAAUUGAGGCAACCAAUAAACAAACAAUUUCUAGUGGAAGCGAGUGGUAACAAUGAACAACAAGUAGCCUGUUAUAUUACAGCACCUUCCAUCAUUUUAGAAAAUCUAGUAUGCAAGAUCAUCAAUGACAUGAGUUCCCUUGUGGUGGAUGAUUCUGAAGAGCUGGUCAGCAAUGUCAUCAGUGUUGAGUGCUUAGAUUAUGAGAAAAGAAUCCCUUUUCCUAUCAUCAUUGCAAUCCCAUUCACUGCACGGCUCAGAAGCAAUUAUCGAGAAAUUUUGGUGAAAGUGACUGAUAAAACCUUUCAAUCAAGUUACUUACCUCCCAUUUCCUUGGAAGGAUACCAGGGAAACCAUAAGGGAAAUUUUGCAGAGGUGAACAUUUACCAGCUGGGUAUUUUUUCUGUGUUAUCAUGCUUGAAGACAGAAAUUUUCACUGUUCCAAAGGAAGGAGUUUCACAAAAGUUAAGCAUGGAUUCCAGGGUAUCUUUAUACUACCCUCCUGAAACGUUCAGUUCUCCAGCUUCCAUGCAGUUAAAGGUCCAACCAAUUGAGCCAUCACUGGUUUCCAUAUUAAAAACAAAAUAUGACAUGUAUCAUUCAGUAGUGUCUACUAGCCCUUUGGUUCAUAUCCAGCAUCCUUCAUUCCAGCCAUUUAAUAAAUCAGUCACUAUUAUUCUACCGUGUCCUCCAAAUCCAGAGAAAAAGAGACAGGGUGAUGAGAUAGAUCAUGGAAGAGCCACUAGUUCUACAGUAACCAGGACUGCAACUGCCUAUCAUCUUCGGGCAAUGAGUGCCUCUGGGAGAAACCACGGAGAGAAACUUACCGAAUCCCUGAAAUUACUAGGUUACAAAAGCAAAGAGGAGGAAUGGGUUGUGCUUGAUGAUGUUAUUGUGCAGAAUACAAGGAAUGGGCUUGUAUCAUUUGAACUAGAUGAACAUUUAGAAAGCUUUAUUGUUAUUCGCCUCUCAUUUCUCGUGGACAAUAAACAUCUAGUCCUAUUUAUUAAGGCUCUGGAUGAAGCCGUUCGCAGCACCAUGGCUAACGUUGUACUUUAUCGGAAGAAAGAAAACCCUUAUAGAAUAGUUGUUUUACUUGUUCCUUCCAAAGAAUUGAACUGGGAUCUUCAACGCCUCCGUCAGGAAGGAUACUUUGGCCCUCCAGAACCAACUCAGCAGUUUCAACUGAGAGAAGGAGACCAGAUUCAUUUUAGAUUUACUGGCAACAUAUUUGCCUCAGAUAAUGGGAAUGAUUUUGGAAAAGCCUACAAGCUUAUUUUUCAUGCACAAAGAAAACCAAGGCUUGAGCUGCAAAUAAAAGAGGUGGAUGAAUUUGGUAAUCACAGCUCACCCCAUUACAAGGGAACUGCAGUAUUUUAUAAAAUGGCCAGAGAAAAAAUAGCCAAGAACUGGGAAGAACCCCUCCUUCAUGAUGAUGACCUGCAACAGUCACAGUUAUGCAAGUUAGCCUUAACUUUACCCAAGCAGGAAAAACUGAUCAAACGCCCACAAAGUAUAAAAAGAAUUUCUACCAAUUCAUCUGAGGCCCUAUGGGAUAACCUGUUGUACUGGCUGGCAGAGGAACUUUCAGAAGAUAAUGCAUCGUUGCUUGCUCUGCAUCUACGGAUCCGGCGGAGUACACUUCAGCUUAUUAGAGUUAAGUGCCCUGAUAAUUUAACAAAUCAGAUCUAUGAGCUUCUUUGCAGCUGGAAGAGGAAUCUUCCAAGAUCAGCUGAUAAACAACAGCUCCUUUCUCGUUAUCUUCGUAAGAGUGGCCGGAUUGAUCUUUCAGAAGAACUCCGGUUUAAGUGCGAGAAUAAAGUGUUCACUCAGCAAAGACACUGGUUUGAGAUAAACAACUGA